AUGCCGGUGUCGUCGUUACCGAACGUGCGAGAAUUCAGCACGGAUGGCGUCGUCCUCGUGGGCGAUCUCUCGCAGGCGGACGUGCAGGAAGCGCUGAGCGAUGGGAAGUUCGCGUCGUGGAUAUACAUGAAUCCUGAGAGCGAUGCGAACUUCCCGCUCGCGGCAAAGAGCGCGCUGGGGGAGGCGUUUAAGCAAGUGACGGUGGAGGGAUCGACGCUGACGAGAGGAUUGGCGAACGCGCUGACCGAAGCGAUGGAGACGUUACCGAGACCGACCAUGGUGCAGUGCUCGACGGCGACGCGGGCGUCGAUCGCAUACAUCUUGUACAAGGCGCGAGAGAAGAAGUGGCCGCAGGCGGGGGCGCUGCAGCGGGCGCGAGAGAUGGGCUUGAAGUUUUUCUCUAAACCGCCGCUCGCUGCGUUCGUGCGCGACUCGUUGAGAUCAGAUGGUUUGAUCUUCAGACAGUUGUUCGACACGAGCGGGAGUUCGACGUAUACGUACUUGCUUGGGUGUCCCAUUACGAAGGAGGCGGUGCUAAUCGAUCCGGUGAAGGAGAUGGUUGAGCGAGACAUCGCGGUGGUGGACGGCUUGGGACUCAAGCUGAAGUACGCCAUCAACACGCACUGUCACGCCGAUCAUAUCACCGGAACCGGUGACUUGAAGAAGAAAAUUCCGGGAUUAAAGAGCGUCAUCUCCAAGGCGUCACUGGCGCGAGCGGAUAUGUUCGUCGAGCACGGAGACGUCAUCUCGUUCGGCGCCGACUCGAGCUCCAUCAACUUGGAGGUUCGCGCGACACCCGGGCACACCGACGGAUGCGUGAGCUACGUAUGCGAUAAUAUGGUAUUCACGGGUGAUGCAUUGCUCAUUCGUGGGUGCGGUCGCACCGACUUCCAGGGAGGAUCGAGCGAGAAGCUGUUCGAGUCGGUACGAAACCAGCUCUUCGUGCUUCCGGACGAGACGCUCGUGUACCCCGCGCACGACUACCAGGGACGAACGAUGAGCACGAUCGCGGAGGAGAAGGCGCUGAAUCCUCGUUUAGGCGUCGCUAAGACGAAAGAGGAAUUCGUCGAGAUCAUGAACAACUUGAAGCUUGAUUAUCCCAAGCAGAUCGACAAAGCGCUUCCGGCGAACUUGAAAUGCGGCAUCGACGACUGA